CCGGUGAAGGGAUCACGUCGCCGGGAGAGAAUUGCUAAGUAUCAAUUAGGCCUACCAUUAAGACUUCGAAAUUUAGUGAACCUACUGUUGGCGUUAUUAUACCACAUUUCACGAAAGAGGAAAACCGGAAUACCCGGAGAAAAAACACCGACCUGCGGAAGCAACAAUACAGAUCAUAUGAAGAGAGGGUUCACGGAUGAAGGGGCCACUCAGAUUGCAGCUUUGAACUGUCCUCCGCUGAAAUAUCAUGCAUGAAUCCUGAACACGGCAGCAUGACCGUCCACCCGGUCACAUUAUACUGACAGCUGGAUUGGUUUUUUGUUUGUUUGUUUAACGUCUUAUUAACAGCUUAGAUAGUUCAAGGACGUGUCACCAUGCGUGUAAUAUUUACGCGCUUGUGUGUAUGUGUUCUCAAGGAAGGGUAUGUUGUUGUAUUUGCCUCCUUGCGAUAGCGCGGAUCUGAUGCCAGCUUAAUAUAGUGCUACCUCACUGAAAUACCAUGCCGAGGCAUCCAGCACGAAAUUCCAUCCGGUAAUGUUAUACUGACAAUUGGCUAAACAGAUGUUCUCCGAAAUGCUGAACGGUAAGCAGGGAAUAACAACCACCAUUUUAAGUACUCUUGGGUUCUUGGGGACAGAACACUAAGGCCCAAAGGGAGGUAUUGCCAAUGCAAGGCGUUAGGAAACAAAAAUGGUGUUAGGAAGUAGAGUUUUUGUUUGUUCGUUAGGGGCCUAACGUUUUCGCAACAGCCAGGGUCAUGUGAUGAUGGAUGCCUAGGGGUCAACGCCGGAAGAGAAUGUAGAUAGAAAAGAAAGAUUACUGGAAAAAUACGAAACGGAAAACAGAUCCCAAAUGUUGCAAUAGGGACAGCAUAUCAAUGUUGGUCACUUCAGUGUCCUCUUAACAGGAGAGACAGAAGAAAAGUACUGAUAGUGAAGGGGGCCACAUUAGUCGCCUGUUACGAUACAUAUGCAGCUGGACACAUCAGGUCUAUUAUUGAUUUCUUCAAUGUCCCCAAAACUGAAGACAAGGAAGAAACCGCCACCAAUUUUACAGGAUGGAGGGGACACAUUAGUCGUCUCUUCCGAUCAUGCAGUUGGAAACUGUAGGCCUUUUAUUUCUCCAAUCUUGCACUGAUAGGAGAGAAAAUACAACGAUUCCAAAUACUGAUAUGGGGAUAGCAAUCUCCCUUCCAUUCCCUUUCUUCUCGGCGGCGUGCCUCUAGAAGGCACCCGCCAUAAGUUAUCCUUAAUUGUUGCCAGGUCGUUAAACCCUAAACAAACAAAAUCAUGCGAAAGAGCUCGCUAAUAUUCAUACAACUGAUUAAUAUGCUGUAUCAGGUUUUAUUUUUCUAAUAUGUACCAUCCGUAGCUAUUUGACAUUCCUUAGUCAGCUUCAUACUAAGAAAGGUCACUUACAGAUUGGUGUUCGGGGCAAGCAGUGACGCAGUCAGAGUUCAGGGAGUAACUCACGGCAAUAUCAGUCUAGUAAUGGAGGAUCUGAGCUACCUGUCUUGUCCAAACCCUGCCCAACUCCGGUACAAAUCAAUUAAUGAAGUGCUACACGAGAGGACCAUGGAAUUUCCUGAUAAGGAAAUCGUAAUCCAGCGAUUGGUAGGAGGCGGAAGGAGGUCACUGACUUAUAGAGAACUCUUGAACAGGUCCACAGGAGUAGCUAAGUACCUUAUUAGUAGAGGGAUUAUGCCAGGGGACAGUGUAGCUAUUAUCGGUCCAAACUCGAUCGAGUGGAUUAUUGGAGAGUUCGCUAUCUUCCUGACAGGAGCCGUUGCUGUUCCGAUAAACAAAACGUCGGAGUCGGUCCCAGAGAAGAUAAAGUUGCUAAAAGCUUCACAGAGUAAGGCUGUGUUGUUUGAUCCUGAAUCAGACGAAGAGCUCAUGUCGGAAAUGGAUGCUUCUUUCAAUAGUGAUGAAGAUAAACUUGAUGUUUUGUUACUUCAAAAAUCAGCAUUAUCUUUUCUCCCCUCGCUGAACGACGUCACCAUUACAACGAAUGAAACAUCAAUAGUAUUGCCAAGAAUACAACCAGAGAGUAGCGCCAUGAUUUAUACAACUUCCGGUUCAACUGGAGUCCCUAAAAUGGUCGAAAUGACUCACUUGGCAAUUGUGAAUGCUUCCUAUAUCGCUUUUUUGGGGACAGGAGGAGAUCGGCCGUCCGCUAAAUGUUACAACGACGGAUUGUUUACCUGGAUAGGAGGUAGUCCAAUAUUCAGUAUUCUUAAUGGAAAUGCACGAGUGUUUGCUGACAUCGCAAUAGGUCUGAAGAAAGAAAAACUCAUGGCUGUUUGGAAUAUCAUCAUCUCCGAGCAGUGUACAAAUGCUAUAUUCUUCCCUCAUACUGUGCUCGAUUUGAUUGAAAAUCAGGACGCCAUUCUAAAGAAAGGCUACAAAAUGUAUGCAAUUGCGACCGGAGGACAAAUGAUCAAUAAGCAUCUUAGUGAAGUAUGCGGUAAACUCACAGAGAAUCUUUUCCUGGAAUACGGUUCCACUGAGGCCGGAAUCGUGUCAUUUACAGAGCUCAAACUGGGAACGGACGUUGGCUAUGUUGGGCCACUCUUUCCAGGCUACGAGGUCAAGGUUAUCGGAGACAAUGAUGACACACUGACUCGAGGACAUUUGGGUGAAAUCCUCAUUAAAUCUCUGUUUAUGUUGAAGUCCUACCGGAACGCAUACAAAUUAAACGAAGAGUGCUUUACUGACGGGGGCUGGUUCCGAACAGGAGACAUUGGAAUCAUUACUAUGGAAGGCAGAUUAUUUGUGAAAGGCAAGUCGACUGACGUAAUAAAACGGGGAGGGGUGACGGUCUUGGUCAGCCACGUGGAAACAGCCAUGAUCGAACUACCGGAAGUAAGGGAGAUUGUGGUGCUAGCUGUGCCGGAUGUCCGACUCUUUGAGGAAAUUUGCGCAUGUGUCGUCUUGGAGGUUGAUUCAAAUAUAACAGAGGUUGAAUUAGAUCGGAAGUGUAGAAUGACUCUCGGAGACAACGUUCUGGGUAGUGCACCUUCCUACUUGCUCCGUUUUGAUGUGUUUCCAAGACUACGUAAUGGUAAAUCAGACAAAGUACUGAUUAAAAAGCUGGCUAUGGAAAGGUUGAAGCUCGAUUAA